AUGGUAACAUCAAAUACUGGAGGGUUACUUCCUACUACCACUGACCCUUCUACAAUCACAACAAGUAAAGAUGAUCGUGUUUGGUCUGAAUUUAAAGAAGGCAUGUGUGAACUGUUGAACAGUGAACGUUGCCUGGUCGUGGCGGCCGCCUCUCCGGAUGAGGUCGUCUCUGUUUGCCGCUGUGUUGAUGAUGUGUGCGAAAAAUUUCAUAAUCAUCAUAAUAAUCAUAAUAAUAAUAAUCAUAAUAAUAAUAAUAAUAAUAAUAAUAAUAAUAAUAAUAAUAAUGGAGAUGAUCAUAGUCAUAGUGAAGAAGAAAAGAGUGUAGAACUACUAGCUCUACGAAAUGCCCCAAGAGUAACGUUCACCACAGAAGAGAAUAUAUCCAAAUUGGAGAAAUGUACCGCCGUCUAUGGCCGUGUGCCGGCGUUUAUCGUGAUGGAGAUGGAACACGAUCGCUUCUUUGUGCUAGACCUCCCAGACAAGAAUAAUAAUAAUAAUAAUAAUAAUAAUAAUAAUAAUAAUAAUAAUAAUAGUAAUAAUGGUGAGAAACAACAUCAAGAAGGAUCAUCAUCGGUGUUGCAAUCCUCAUCAACGCGAUCGAAAGUACACAACUCCACUAUAGCGCUGGCAUCUACUUCAGCCACAGUCGUUGCAAAGUCGCUAUUACACCCAAUAGAUACAUUGAAAUGUCGACUACAGUCCUCUAGCACUCGUGAGUGGAGUCGUUUCCGUAAUGAGUACCGUGGAAAAUGGGGACCACGAUAUCUCUACGGUGGACUUCCAAUUAAAUUAGUUUUUUAUAUCCCCUAUCAGGCAAUAUAUAUGACGACCUAUAGUAAUAUGAAAGAUAUAUUGCGACCAGCGGAUGUAAAUCGAGAGAGUCGUGUUGCUUUUCUCACGCGAACCAUUGCGGCUGCGAGUACGGCAGAGUUUGCGAGUUGUAUUGUACGUGUACCGAUGGAAACGGCAAAGAUGCGAAUUCAGGCAACAGUCGUGCCAAAUACACAAUGUGCGGUUCAACAAAUAUAUCAACAAGGCAUUCUAUCCUCUGUUAGACUUGUGAAAUCACAAACCUUUCUUCAUGAUAUUCCUUAUAGUGCUAUUCAGUGGAUUUUUUAUGAAAGUCUUCGUCCAUGGAUGUUACAUUUUGUAGGGAAACAUCAAUUAAAUAUUGAAUCGAAGAAACAUUCACGUCUUCGUGCGUAUGUGCAGAAUUUUCUCUGUACAUUUCUCAGUGGUGGAUUUAGUGGAAUGAUUGCCUCUACUAUUACAGUGCCGCUGGAUGCGAUUCGAACUCGAGUUGUGGUCGCCACGGCAGCGAAUCCACACGCGACGGUGCGGAGUGUAGUGAGAGAUACGUACAGAGCUGGUGGGAUUCCUCUCUUCUUCCGCGGUGCGUGUACGCGUGUGUUGUGGGUGACGACCAACAUGGCUGUGUACUUCCCACUGUAUGAGUUGUUUAAGGCCAUGUUGAUUGUGAGAGAGGAGGACGCUUCCAAGUCUACUGCGUGA